UCUUCCUCCGCCAUCCAUCCCCUCUCCUCCUGUGAUCCCCGCCUCCGAUGCCUCGGCGGCUGUUUGCUCUCCCAUCUGUGCUAAAGCGUACUAUGAUCCGUGUGUUGUUGGGUGGAUCUGCGGAGAGGGUUUUGUGGGGUGGUGGUUUGUUGCUCCUGCUAUCUCCCUUUGGGUCGUAGCAGGUUUUUUUUGGUCCAUGUUUUCUCAUCGUUCGGUUCUUUUCGAUUCCGCCCGCAAUGUGGGUUCCUGGCGAUUUUGGGGGCGGUUCUUGGGCGUGCGGUUUUGGUUCUUGGGCGGUCUCCUUUGGGGAUUAUGGGACGUGAUAUUUCUGGUAAUCAAGCAAAUGGCGUUGUUUGAUGACGACGACGACGAGUUCCCGCAGUUGAAGGACGUAGACCAAUAUGCUUGUAAGGAUAGCCAUGAAGACCUUGUUUGUUUCAGCAUCCUGCCGUUUUGGUUUGAUGAAGAACAUCGACUGCUGGGUUCUGAAAAGGGUGUAUACAUUCGUGGAAUUGACUGUGAAGGCCGUCAGCCUGUGUAUAAGCGUAUCGAAGCUUGGAGGGUGGAACUUGACUGUGAGAAACCUAUGAUCUCAGUGCUUUCAAGUGAGGGCAAUUGGAUAAGACUGUUAAAUCCACAUCCAGGCUAUGCAGAAGAUAUUGCCCGGUCAGUAUUGAUCACUAUACAAAUGAUCCACUUUGUUAGAAAGCAUCCUGCUAAAGAUGAGAGAACUCUUUCGAAACACCUCUGCGAAGUUUUCAGGAAAUUUUUUACUAAACCACCUGAGGUUGAUGACUUGCGGAAGAGUUAUUCCCUUAUCAAAUAUUUCAUGAAAAUGGAUCAAACUCUAGUGAAGUCAAAGAUUCUGAGAAGACCUCUCGAGGAUACUUGGAUCAUCAUUGAGACUGAAUUGAGGAAAGCCAGCCCGAAUGAAUCAUUCAUUGUGAGCAAUGAGUCAUCUACAAACUGUGAUGACUACACUGAAGAUGGCAGCAGUGGCAGUAGUGAUGAUAAUGGUGAUAAUUAUACUGAUGGUAAUGCCAGUGAUGAUGGUACUGAGGCAGUGUGCGCAAUAUGCGAUCAAGGAGGAAUUCUACUUGGCUGUAAAGGUGAAUGCAAGAGGUCUUUCCAUCCCAAGCUAGAAGAUGGCACAAAAUCUUUUUGCAAAACUCUUGGUUACACUUCUCGUGAAGUAGAGGAAAUACCUAUUUUUAUUUGCUCGAACUGCCAACAUAAGCAACACCAGUGUUUCAAAUGUGGACAGCUUGAUUCUUCGCAUGAGACAAAUCCAAAGGUAUUCCAGUGUUGUAAUGCAUCUUGUGGGCGCUUCUACCAUCCCAAGUGUGUGGCAGGAUUACUUGAGCCUGAUGGAGCUUGUGGAUUGGAGAAACGUAUUGCAGAUGGAAUGACAUUUACAUGUCCGGUGCAUUGGUGCUUUGAAUGUAAACAAAUCGAGGACAGGUCCCAAACACAACUGUGGCUUGCAGUCUGUAGACGUUGUGUAAGGUCAUAUCACAAAAAAUGUUUGCCAAGGGAAAUUUCUUUUAAAAAGAAGGAUGUCACAGCACGUGUUUGGGAGGUUCCCAAAGGAGAUCCUAAAAUAUUCAUCUACUGCCUGGACCAUGACAUUGAUGCUACUUUUAGAACACCUUGUAGGGAUCAUAUAAAGUUCCCUUCAGCCCCACAAAUUGAGAGAGUAAAAGAUCUUGCUAGGAAAAAGGUUAAAGUUACUGAUAUAAGGAACACCGAUGAGGUUUCACCAGAAUCUGCUGAGCUGUCAACAAAACCAAGUAGGGAAGAAGGUGAUCAAAGUCAAGAAGUACCUAUAAGUAGGGAAGAAGGUUAGUAAGUAUUGCUGGAAAGGGAGGAUCCCUAGGGACAUAUGAAGAUAUUGUUAUUCAGGCAAAUACCAAGAGCCAAGAGUCUUAUGAGGAUCAAUUUAACGUCUCUAAAAAGCCAACACACAUCUCAAGUCAAGCUGGCACUUGCAUUGCAUCUUGUCAAACUAGAAUGAAUAAUAAGGAACACAAGAGUAGGCGUAACAAGGAGGACAUCCCUGAGAUGAGGAGUGAGAAGGUGGCUACCCCAAAAGUUAGUAUAAAAAGGAAAAGAAAGUGUGAAUUUGAAUUCUUGGAUGACGAAGUUGCUACUACCAAGUAUUUGAUGAAUGAGUUCCUUGCCCGUAGCGUUGAAAUAUAUUUCGAGCUCGCUUCGCAACUUGAGGAACUGAAGCAAGAACAAGAUAGCUUGAUUUCUACUCGAGUGCCCUCUCUGGAGAUGGGCAUGGCCUUCCAAAGGGCGGAAAAAUUACCAAGUCUUAUUGUGGAAAAGGAAACUAAAAUGGCAAUUGAAUCCAAUGUUUUCAAACAAAUGGAACAAAAUAGGGAGCUUUCUAGUCCACACAAAAGGCCAAAAGGUGGUGUUUAUUUAUCAGACGAACAAAUCAAGCUGGUGGAGUAUGAAUCCACACUUGAACUCAUUCAAAGUAAGAUUCGUGAAGUGAAAAGGCUCAAAACAGAGGUUAUCGAUUUUGUGGAGAUUGAGGAGUUGAGCAGCUUCCAUCGAAAGGCCACGGCGGAAGUAUUGAUAACAAAGAUGCAAAGUGACAUGUCCCUUGUGUGGGGCAAACUUAGCCAACACCUAGAUGGUUUGGAUGAAGAGGCAAUGCUUGAUCGUGAGAUGCACUCCUUGGUACAGAAAUGCUAUUUUGUUGCCGACCAUGCUAAUGAACUCGUUCCGUGCUUGCCUGAAACAAGUACAUAAGAAGGUAGCGUUGAACAUCUACAACGGUUGGGAUCUGAUGGGUUUACCUGGAGAUCGAGCCUAACAUGUCAUGGACAUGUAGAUCGUGGUGGAUUCGGUUAAAGACAAUGGGACUAGAAAAGUGUAAUUUUGCCUAUUACCUCUUAGAUUGCCUAGCACUUUUCUUAACUAUGGAAAUGUUUUAUUGUUAUGAACCCGUCCUUAUGAUAUGCCUCCUAAUAUAGGAUAUGCGGAUACAUAUCCGUAUCAGAUGCAUAGUCGGAUAUAUGUAUCGGAUACAACCUGACACGUAUCCAGGACAUUUGUGCGAUAUGCCCCGGGUACUUUUUUUAA